CCAAUAAUUAGUAAUUAUCAUUUUGUGUCCUAUCAUCAGGUGGAAAUCCUUGAUUGGAAGACAAAGAAACAGCUAUGCUUCCUAGAUAAGGUGGAACCAAAUGCCACAAUUAGGGAGAUCAGAUUGAUGUUCCAUAAAUUAUAUCCUUGGUGGUAUCCAGCAAGGCAGUCGAUAAAACUUGAUCCAAAAGGAAAGUCCCUGAGGGAUGAGGAAAUCCUGCAGCACCUCCCUGUUGGCACAACUGCUACCUUAUACUUUAAAGAUUUAGGGCCACAGAUAGGAUGGACUACGGUAUUUUUGAUAGAAUAUACAGGUCCAUUGUUCAUCUAUUUUCUGUUUUAUUUCCGCAUGCCUUUUGUCUAUGGACUGGAUGAGAGGUUUACAUCAAGCCCGCAUCCAGUAGUUAACUUGGCAUGUAUCUGCCAUUCUUUCCACUACAUCAAAAGGUUGAUUGAAACAGUAUUUGUUCAUCGGUUCUCCCAUGGGACUAUGCCACUGAGGAAUAUUGUGAAGAACUGCCUGUAUUACUGGGGAUUUGCAGCUUGGCUUGCUUAUUACAUCAAUCAUCCUCUUUACACUCCUCCUUCCUAUGGGAAAAAACAGAUAAAUAUUGCUGUGAUCAUGUUUCUGCUGUGUGAAGCUGGAAACUUUUCCAUUCAUGUUGCACUCAGUGACCUCCGGAGAAAUGGAUCCAAAACCCGUAAGAUCCCAUAUCCAACAAAGAAUCCUUUCACAUGGCUGUUUUUCUUUGUAUCUUGCCCUAACUAUACAUAUGAGGUGGGGACCUGGAUCAGUUUCACUAUCAUGACUCAGUGUGUUCCAGUGGGGCUGUUCACCUUGCUUUGCUUCAUUCAGAUGACAAUCUGGGCAAAGGAUAAACACUGCACCUACCUACGAGAAUUCAAGGAUUAUCCAAGUCUUCGAAUGCCAAUUAUUCCCUUUUUAUUGUAAGAAAAAAGGUUUAAUUUGGAUAUUGCACAGAACUUCAAGAAGAAAAAGCUCAUAAACCUCCUGCCAAAUAAGUGAAUUAAUUUAAAGGAUUUUGGUGCAUGUUGAAUCUCCACUGUGGAGGGAAAUUGUACACACUUGAAGGCUACGCUUCCUUACAUUCAAGAAUUCUCAACUCAGAAGCACCUUCAAAAAAUAAGUCUUCAUUGCACCGCUGGUAGUCAAAAGCCCCUA